CCGCCCUUUUAUUCUCAUACCCUCGCAUCGAACCCUUCUCCUCUUCAUCUUCUUCUUCUUCGGCGACAAUUGUUUGAUCCUCUGUGAGUCUCGUGGUCAAAUCUCGUUCAGACAUGGCGGUCAUGAAGCUCUACGGCAGCCCUUUGUCCUCCGCGGUGUGGAGGGUGCUCGCCUCCCUCUACGAGAAAGGCUUGGACUUCGAGUUCAUCCCCGUCGACAUGAAAUCCGGCGAGCACAAGAAGGAACCCUACCUUUCCCUCAACCCGUUUGGUCAAGUUCCAGCAUUCGUGGAUGGUGACUUGAAGCUUUUCGAGUCGAGGGCUAUAACUCAGUACAUAUCCCACGAGUAUGCCGACAAGGGGACGCCGCUGGUGGUGCCGGGGAAGCCGAUGGCGAUCGUGUCGGUGUGGAUGGAGGUGGAGGCCCACCAGUACGACCCACUGGCGGGCAAGCUCGCAUGGGAGCUGGGUUACAAGCCGCACUUCGGGAUGCAGCCCGACCACGCGGUGGUGGAGGAGAACGAGGGGAAGCUCGGGAAGGUCCUGGACGUGUAUGAGGCUCGACUGUCCCAGUCCAAGUACAUCGGCGGGGACACCUUCACCCUCGCUGACCUCCACCACCUCCCAACCCUGAGCUUCCUCAUGGACACCCCGGCGAAGAAGCUCAUCGAGUCGAGGCCCAAGGUCAGCGCCUGGGUCGCCGAUAUCACUUCCCGGCCCGCGUGGUGCAAGGUUGUCGAGUUUAGGAAGCAGCAUUGAGGCUUGCUUUCUCACAUAUAUCGUAGUAGUAGUAGUUGUUGUUGCUGCUGUUGCUGGGAGAGUGGUUUUUGGGUGAUGGACUAUGGACUAUAUAGAUUGCUGGUGCUUGAGUCUCCAAUGAUGAAAGUUGGGGGCAUUGACCAGUAAUAAUACGGUAAACGAGAGGGCAAUCCUGUACUUUCGCUGGAUGCAUUCUGUUCCCCUCAGAGUAAUUACUAUAUAUCCAAUAAUCGCUAUGGAAAAUCAGUGUCAUCUAUCCAUUCCCUCCAGAUCAGCACUCCACGAGCGUUGUUAUCCAUAUACUUCCAGUUCCUUUUGUGUCCA